GAAGGAGCAGCACAGAACACGGCUUCACGGCUGUAAAUUGGUUGUUAUAUAGAGACAGGCGGACUGCAAAAGCCGCUUUUUAUAAAACAAUCGAAAGGACGGCUAUAAAUAGAUCCGACCUCUGAAAAAAAAGAGCUCAAGACAAUAAGGCUGUGCUCUUUGCACGCGUAUAAAUGGCAGAACGAGUUCCCAAGACGAUUCUGCUUGGGGUUGAGUUGAGUUUGCACGGGCAUUGGGCAUAUAGUGCACACUAUUAUUAAAUCGCUUGCUUUUAAUAGCUGUCGGUUGUUUGAGAGCUGCUCCAUCUCCUUAUGCAAUCAGCUCCAAGCAAGGUGAGCAACGAUGCUGCUGCAACAGACUACAGUAGUACCCGUACCUCACACAGGUGCACGCUCUCGAUGCACUUUAUAGGCCAGCUUCCACGCAAACGAUGAGCCCAAGUUGUGUGGUCACCAUCUCUUUACGAGCUAAACUUCAGCUGAAUGCUUUUCAACUCCCGCGAUCAUUGUAUUUCCGUGACACAUUAAUAACCUGUGCUCAUUCAUUUGAAAUUCAAAUCGGUGUACGUCGUACGUGGUCCUCGAUCCUGUGUUGUUGAUGAAUCAACAGAUUCGAGUGUUGGCUAGCUUAAUGGUUGCAUCGGCCCUUGCCACCUGCCUCCUGGCCAGCCCCGCUUCCCGCAUCAUGACCGGUCAUCCGCUCAGCAAGCGCUCCUUCUUCGACAUCCAGUGCAAGGGCGUCUACGACAAGAGCAUCUUCGCGCGCCUCGACAGGAUAUGCGAGGACUGCUACAAUCUUUUCAGAGAGGCUCAGCUUCACUCGCUCUGCAGGAGAGACUGUUUCACAUCAGAUUACUUCAAAGGUUGCAUAGAUGUCUUACUUCUACAAGAUGAAAUGGAGAACAUACAAACAUGGAUAAAACAGUUACAUGGGGCAGAUCCCAAACUUUAGGUCCAACUGCUUCGACAGUCCUUACUUCAAUGGCUGUCUUGGAGCACUGCUAUUGUCUGAUGAACAAGAGAAGUACACUCAAAUGGUCGAAUUCUUGGAAAGAAGUGAGACCCUGAUCUAUUCUAGUCGAAGAAGGAAUUCAUCAUUGUACCUUAAUUGUAUAGUGGUGGACAUACAUCUAUUAUUUGUAAAAAUAUACAGUAUUUAUAGUUGUUAAAAUAAACCUACGGAAUUGUACACAAACAUAGAAUUGUUGUGUUCUAACUUAUUUAUUAUGUAGCUUAAGCUUUUGUCCUGUAUUUUUUAAUUUUGUGAGUUUGUAUUGUGUUUCAUGUUCAAUGAACAUGUUUGUUGAGUUGAGAUUAAUGUUUUCGCUAAUGUAUCAAUACUUCAGACAUGAUAUUCAUGAGAUUUCAAGAAAUGAUCAAUGUGAACUAGCCUAAAUCAUCCUUUCAAUGCAAUCUCACUCCCAAGGAGCCAUAACGAUUGCUUAGAUUUCAGAGAAAGAUGUAAUGUUAGAGUGAGUGAGAGAAUGUGUGAAUGAAUGGAAAAGUAUAUGAAAGUGAGUGUGAGAUGAGAAUGUAAGUGUUAUACCGUAGAGAGGGAGAGAGAUAGGAAAUAGAUGAUGAUUAGAAAACUCUGUCAAUUUUUGGGCGAUUAUGGUUCAUGGGUCCAAGCACAGGGGUGAACUGUUAUUUACAAGGAUUAGUGAUUGAUAUAUAAAUGAUCAAACGUCAUACAACCCAAGUGAUAACACUUUAGAGGUCUGGGUUGCGCGACUUUACAGUCAUCCUUAUAUAAAUAAAAUUUUCAGUAACAGAAAAUCUGAACGAAAUGAGAUCAAGACUAUUAGCUUCAAAGUUUCUAUCCAUUUAGAAAAAUAUUCAAAUGAACUUCAAGUGUCCUAACAUGGAACGUAUCAUUGCUACAUCAAUUAUUAGAAAAUGUAUCAAUUGAUAAUUAUCAAUUAUACUUAUGUACUUUUGAAUACAUAAAUAUUUUAAGUUCUGUUUACCCCUGUGCUCGAAGAGAUGCAAAGACUAAGAAAUGACUCGACCAUUUAAUAUGACCAUGAGAAAUAAUAACUUUUUGGAAUAAACUUCAUUUUAUAGUUUUUAAUACAUUUCAGCCCGAGUGACUAUAUCGAACAAAAUCAGUGCCGUGAAAGCACUAAAACUAGAUUAUUCUACUAGCCUACGAUAAAAAUAAGAUAUUUGUCUGUAAUAUAAACAAUGACAAAUCAAUUAUUGUCUUGUGAAAAUACUGUAACAUAAAUCAUGAGCUCCAAUCUUACCAUAUUGUCUCUUGAACAUACUUUAUUUCAUGUAAAUCAUGUUUUGUUUGUAAUGUUAUUCAUAUAAGUUUUUGUAUUAUAAUUAUUAUGAAACUAUCAUUCCAAUUUUGGAACUAUAUCAGUAUUUUGUAUAUUGUUAAAUGAAAAUCAUCUACCUGACACUCCAGUUUGAAUUUUGAAACAUACCUAUAUAUUUUAUUUAUUUGUCUGCCAAUUUUAUCCUCAAUCAGAUUUCGUCUAUUGAUACGAAGUACAAUUUUAAAAUUGUUCAAUAUCCAUUUGAUUUGAAUUCAGAAAUUCCUAGAUUUCUUCUAUUAUUUUAUUGAUUUGAAUAUCUUAUAACCAUAUAAGUUUGAUGUUACUAGGAUGUCCAAAGAGAAACAAAUAUGUAUAAUUAUAUAAGUAGAACUGGUGUUUGAAGAAUUUUGGCUGCAUUAAAAUCUGUCCGCUAAUUUGUCAAAAGAAUUGUGUUUCAUUAGUAAAAAAUUCAUACUGCUUUGAAAUACAGUGUUAUUUUGAACUGUACUGCUAUUACAUUUUUUUUAAAUUUCCGACAUAGAUAUUAUGAUGACUGUUGUUUUUUUAUCCUACUUUAUGCUUAAUGCAAAACAUAGUGUUAUGAAGAAAUACAACAUAAGAAAUUGUAAGUUGGAUACCAAGAGCCAGUGCAUCUUAGCUAUUUUGUAUAUUUGGAUGAAUAAAGAUUAUUUAUUUUAUGAAUCUA